CCUUAAAACACAAACCCUCAAGAGAUAGCAAUUAAAAAAUAGUAGUAUCUUUGUUCUUCUCUUCACAACCAUCAAGAAAAAAAAUAUCAAAACAGAGCUAGAGAUCUAUGGCUCAGACCAUGUUGCUCACUUCUAGUUCAAGUGUCUAUAGUCAUGCAUUGGAUUUGAAGAGACAACCAUUACUUGAAAGUCUAAGGCCCAAACCAUUCUCUCACAUCUUACUACCUCCACUUCCAUCUUCUUCUUCAUUUCAUCAGACUACCACCAUUGCUCUCUUCAAAUCCAAAACCAAAGCUGCCCCUGUCAAGAAGCAGGUUGCCGAGCCUAAGCCGAAGGUUGAAAGUGGUAUUUUUGGCACGUCGGGUGGGAUUGGGUUUACAAAGCAAAAUGAGCUUUUUGUGGGUCGUGUUGCCAUGAUCGGCUUCGCUGCAUCUUUGUUGGGAGAAGCAAUAACAGGGAAAGGAAUCCUAGCACAACUGAAUCUGGAGACUGGAAUUCCCAUCUAUGAAGCUGAGCCUCUUCUCCUCUUCUUCAUCCUUUUCACCCUCCUCGGAGCCAUCGGAGCUUUGGGCGAUAGGGGUCGCUUUGUUGAUGACCCCCCUACCGGGCUUGACAAGGCUGUCAUCCCUCCAGGCAAAAGUCUCAGAUCAGCAUUGGGUCUUAAAGAAGGAGGUCCACUAUUUGGAUUCACAAAGUCGAAUGAGCUGUUCGUGGGACGAUUGGCUCAGUUGGGAAUUGCAUUCUCUAUAAUUGGAGAGAUAAUCACGGGGAAAGGAGCUCUGGCACAGCUAAACAUCGAGACAGGAGUUCCAAUCGGCGAUAUUGAGCCCCUUGUGUUGUUCAAUGUCCUCUUCUUCUUUGUUGCCGCAUUGAAUCCUGGAACUGGCAAGUUUCAAACAGAUGAAGAAGAGUAGAUGAUGCUUGGUUUAUGUUUGAUUUUUACAAGAAUCUGUCAUGUAGUUUCUAUUUGUGCGUUAUAGUAAUUUCAAAAUUUCACAACUAGUGAUUCUUGUUUCCCAAAACACUUCUCUCUUUCUCUCUCUCUCUCUCUAUGGAUGUGAAUGGUGU